AUGUCUUGCUAUGACCUGUGCUCCACCGCUGUUGGUGGCAUCAACCGCCCUCAGCCGCUCACUGACAGCUGCAAUGAGCCGUGCGUGCGUCAGUGCCCCGACUCCACGACUGUGAUCCAGCCGCCUCCAGUCGUCGUCACCUUCCCUGGCCCCAUCCUCAGCUCUUUCCCCCAGGAUUCGGUUGUGGGAUCCUCUGGAGCACCCAUCCUUGGAGGCUCUAACUCACUUGGCUAUGGGUCCUCCCUGGGCUAUGGGGUUCUGGGAGGCUAUGGGUCCUCCCUGGGCUAUGGGGGUCUGGGAGGCUAUGGGGGCUAUGGCUCCUCCCUGGGCUAUGGGGGCUCCUCCCUGAGCUGUGGAGGUCUGUACGGCUAUGGGGGCUCCCUGGGUUACGGGGGCCUGUAUGGCUAUGGUAGAUCCUACGGUUCUGGCUCUUGCAGCCCUUACUCCUACCGGUACAGCAGGUACCGCCGUGGCAGCUGUGGGCCCUGCUAA